UUCCCGCGCAGGUCUCCGGUCGCCGCGGUCGUCACUGCGCGCUAGUGACGGUGUUUUCAGUGCCAUCACACUAGUUAGCCAUCUCAACAAUGCCAACCUCCGACUACGAUCCCGCUUGCUUACCAGACCUGUUGCCACUUUAUUACCGACGAUUAUUCCCAUUUUCACAGUAUUAUCGAUGGCUAACCUACGGCGGCGUGUCCAAGAGUUACUUCCAGAACCGUGAGUUCUCCUUCACGCUCAAAGAUGACAUCUACGUUAGAUACCAGUCUUUCAGCACACAGAACGAAUUGGAGAAAGAGAUACAGAAAAUGAAUCCCUAUAAGAUUGACAUCGGUGCAGUCUACAGCCACAGGCCUAGUCAGCAUAACACGGUGAAGUCCGGAGCAUUCCAGGCCCUGGAGAAGGAACUGGUCUUUGAUAUUGAUAUGACUGACUACGAUGAUGUCAGAAGCUGCUGCAGUGCUGCUGAUAUUUGCUCUAAGUGCUGGACUCUGAUGACUAUUGCGAUUCGUAUUCUGGAUCGGGCACUGAGAGAGGAUUUUGGCUUCCAGCACCUGUUGUGGGUAUACUCGGGCAGGAGAGGGGUGCACUGCUGGGUCUGUGAUGAAGCCGCCAGGAAGUUGUCAGUUACUGCCCGUUCAGCUGUGGCCGAGUACCUCAGCUUAGUCAAGGGUGGCGAGGAGACUGUGCGGAAAGUUGUGCUGUCAGACCCUAUUCAUCCUUUUAUUAGCCAGUCACUAGGUGUGGUGGAGAACUACUUCAAUAAGUACGCCAUUGUGGAUCAGGAGCUGCUGGCCAGUAAGGAGAGUGUGGACAGAGUGCUCAGCCUUCUCCCUGAGGAUGUCAGGAAGGAGCUGCUGGUUCAUUAUCAGAAUGAGAAGAACCCAGUGAAUCGCUGGGGCAUUCUGACGGACCUGGUGAAUCAGAAAAGGGAGAUGAGCAGUAAAAAGGGAGGUUACUUUGAGAAGGAGAUCAUGCUGCAAUACUGCUACCCACGCCUGGAUGUCAAUGUCAGCAAAGGAGUCAACCAUUUACUCAAGAGUCCAUUUAGCAUCCAUCCCAAAACAGGACGAGUUUCAGUACCAAUUGAUGUAAGAAACGUGGACAAGUUCAACCCUUUUGAGGUGCCUACAAUAAGCCUCCUCUGUGAAGAGUUGGACAAAUCCAGAGCAGAUGAAGAGGAGGAUGGUAUAAAAAAUAAUGAAACACAAUCUGCUGAACGGCGCAAAAUCCGAGAUUACAAGCGUACUAGCCUGGCAAAGUAUAUAAAGUUGUUUGAUCAGUUUCUGGAUGCAAUGGCUCACACUAGGAAAGGAGAGAUUUUGAAGAAAAGUGAUCUCCAAAAAGAAUUUUGAGCAGUGAUGGGAUUAAACCACCUGUCAUUUUCUUACUGCUUUACUAAAUUGCUCCACUGCAGCAGACAAGGAAAUCGAGGAUUUUGAUCAUCUGCACUCAUGCACUCCCCUCUUUUCAGGAAACGGCUCAAAGUACUUACCCUACAUAUUGCAGAGACUGGAUAUGUUAGUCAGAUAUAUCUGUGGAGCUGCCAUUAGAGGCUUUUUCCAUCUAAUAUGAGUCUAUUCCUGUUUUUCUUUGCAUCUUAUCACGGUCCUAAGGUUUUUAUACAUUAGAAAAAUAAACAACUAUCAUACUGCAGGGUGCUUUGUUAAACAAGUAAUAUUUACUGUAUAUUUACCUUUUUUCUGUUAAUAAAUGUUAAAGUACGUGUAA